AAUCAAACCCUACAUUCUCCAUUUUAUUCAGCGCCGCUUCUGACUGCCUGCCACUGUCGGUAGGUAAACCCUAGUGCACCAUUGCCGCUUCAGACGCGCCACAUCUUCUGCCUCCAGUUAACCAAAGUAGCGCACGGACUCAAUGGGAACUGAAGAAUGCGUGUUAAAUCUUGAUGACAUGGUGAUUGUUCAUAGGAAUGUAUCACCAUGCCCAAGAUUCGAUCAAUCAGAAGAUGAAAAUGCUUUCUUUAUCGAUGCGUUUCUUGAGUUACCUGGUGGUGCCUCUGAAAGAAAAGCCACCGCAAGCAGAAACCAAUCUUCCUUAUUAGCCCAUGCAGAAUCUUUGACUCCGAGUUACCUGCAUGAAGAAGAUGUGAAUGUCCUCAGGUGGUUCAUUAGUCAAGUGGAGAAACCACCUAUGGUUCAAGAAUCUGCUAGCCACAGAGUUAUGGAGGUUCAUAAUACCACCCUACCCAUUAAUGGCAACCUUAAUGUGGCUACUAAGUUGCCUGAUCUAUCAUCAAAACCAGACAUGGGUCCAAAGAUGGAUAUUGCUUAUGGAGACUCCGUUACUAAGCUUCACUAUGAAAAAUCUGAUACUGUGAAUGUACAAAGCUUAACAAGAAAAAAAAAAGUGAAAGAAAAGCAUGGUGACGCAAUGGAGGGAAUCCGGUGUCAUUACAUCCACAAAGCUUAACAAGACAAAAAAAGUGAAAGAAAAGCAUGGUGACGCAAUGGAGGGAAUCGCUCUGUGAGAUGUAUUUCAUAGGCAAGAUGUAGCUAAAUUAGAGGAAUAUUUAAGAAAUCACAUAGCAGAGUUUAGGAAUACUGAUUGUCUUUCAGUUGAGCAGGUAAUUCUACAAAACAGUAAUUUUUAGGAGGUUCAGAAGGCUAAACGUGUAAAUUUUCGUCAUUGCAUUUUCAUGGUCGUUAGAUAUAGCACAAAUGAAAUCAAGGGUUGAGAAGGUCGGUGGUAUGCCCAACUAUUUGGAGACCAUUCAUCUAAAGAUGAUCUUUCACAAGUCUCAAGGUGAAACCGAUGUGUGGCUCGACAAAAAUAAUAACAGUAUGCAACUACGGGUGGUUGUGGACCUGACAAUGCGGUUUGUUGACGUGGUUUCUUGACUCCCAUAGAUGGUGUUCUUCAAGAAUUGGAAAUUUUUAGUUUGCCACAGAAAGGGGAGACGCUAAAUGGGAAUGGAUUCAAGCUUUCUGAACCAAGAUGCUUGAUUAAGAUUUGAAGUUUUUCCAUAAAGAUACACCCUUUUAUAAUUUUACGUUUAUCUUGUAAUCGAUUCCUAUAAUAUAUUUAUUGUAUAAAUAGUUAAUCAA